AUGACUCGGCAACAUGAUUCAUUAUCACCGCCUGGUGGGACCAGAAAGAGCCGCCGCCUCGUCGGCCAGCCUUUACUCUACGCGUUGACAUGCUUUGCGAGCUUGGGCGUUUUCCUUUUCGGAUAUGACCAAGGUGUCAUGUCGGGAAUUAUUACUGGCCCGCAAUUUCAGGCAUACUUUAAACAACCCGAUAGGUACCAAAUAGGCACCAUGGUUGCCAUUUUGGAGGUCGGAGCUUUCAUCACAUCCAUCGCCUCUGGUCGCAUAGCCGAUAUGAUUGGGCGACGAAGAACACUUUUCACUGGAGCUUGCGUCUUUGUCAUUGGCGGAGCCAUCCAAACGUUCACGCCGGGAUUCAAGGUAAUGGUCCUUGGACGAAUUGUCAGCGGUUUUGGCGUGGGUCUCUUAUCGACAAUCGUGCCGAUUUACCAGAGUGAAAUAUCACCUGCCGAACACCGAGGCAAGUUGGCUUGUAUUGAAUUUACUGGAAAUAUCUUUGGUUACGCCUCGUCGGUGUGGAUCGAUUACUUUUCGUCCUUCCUCGAGGGCGAUUGGUCAUGGCGGCUUCCGCUUUUCAUGCAAUGCGUGAUCGGCGGUAUUCUGGCAGCGGGCUCAAUACUGCUUCCGGAAAGUCCUCGUUGGUUGAUUGACCAUGAUUACCUUGACGAGGGACGGCGAGUCAUCUCGGACCUUCACGGUGUAGAUCUCGAUGACAUGAAGGUUGUCGCUGAAUUUGAUGAAAUCAAGGAGAUGGUUGAGCUUGAUCGGCAAAUAGGAGAUCGAUCCUACCUGGCAAUGUGGAGGCGAUACAGACAGCGUGUUUUGAUUGCCAUGUCUUCACAGGCCUUCGCGCAAUUGAAUGGUAUUAAUGUCAUUUCUUACUAUGCUCCGAUGGUUUUCGAACAGGCUGGAUGGAUUGGCAGAGAGGCCAUCCUCAUGACCGGUAUCAACGGAAUUAUAUACGUGCUUAGCACUAUCCCCACAUGGUAUCUGGUCGAUGUUUGGGGACGACGAGCAAUUCUUAUGAGUGGUGCCGCAGUGAUGGCCGUAGCUCUUACCGCAACUGGAUGGUUCAUGUACAUCGACCAAAUCUACACUCCCAAUGCAGUUGUGGUUUGUGUGAUUGUCUUCAAUGCUGCAUUCGGCUUCAGCUGGGGACCCAUCCCGUGGUUGUAUCCUCCGGAGAUCAUGCCGCUGGCAUUCCGUGCCAAAGGUGUUUCGAUGUCUACGGCGACCAACUGGUUUUUCAAUUGGGUUGUUGGCCAAGUGACGCCUGUUCUUCAAGACGUGAUCAAAUGGAGACUGUACCCAAUGCACGCGUUCUUUUGUUGCUGCAGCUUCAUACUGGUAUACUUCCUGUACCCCGAAACCAUGGGUAUCCCAUUGGAAGAAAUGGACGCCGUGUUUGGCGAAGAACGACCAAGCAACGACGACGACGAUUCCGAGACUUCGUCACUUGUCCGCGGACGGCCUCGGUCAUACGACUCGCCUGCUGGCUCAAGGCGUUCAAGUCCUGCGCCGAAUCAGGGUUGGUUGAGCAGCGUAUUUGGGCGGCGCAAGGCUGGCGAUGCAUAUCAGGCUGUUCCAACCGGAGCAGACCAUGCGUAA